AUGGCGGAUUACCAUUUCGUGUACAAGGAUUUGGAAGGAGCUUCGACGCAGUGGGAUGAUAUUCAGAGGAAACUCGGAAAUCUGCCUCCGAAGCCGGCGCCGUUCAAGCCGGCCCCUUUCGCGCCCGCCGAAGAUGAAGAUUUGAAACCGAAAGGCAAGGAUUGGCUCGACGAGAAGACCGAGGAAGAGCUACAAGAUCUCGAGGAUGAUCUCGACGACGAUCGAUUCCUUGAAGAAUAUAGGAAGAAGAGGCUGGCUGAAAUUAGAGAAUCAUCCAAGAUCGCAAGGUUCGGUUCAGUGAUUCCUAUUUCAGGAUCUGAUUUUGUUCGUGAAGUUUCGCAGGCUCCUCAAGAUCUCUGGGUAGUCGUGUUACUGUAUAAAGAUGGGUACCCAGAGUGUAGGCUGCUAUUGCAAUGUCUAGAAGAUUUGUCUAAAAGAUACCACGCAACAAAAUUUGUCAAAAUAAUAUCUACAGAAUGUAUUCCAAACUAUCCCGAUCGUAAUCUUCCUACUAUAUUGGUAUAUUACAAUGGUGCUGUGAAGGCAACUCACGUGGGGAUACAGAGUUUUGGUCGUAGGUGCACCCCCGAGAGUGUUGCUUUGGUUCUUUGUCAGCUAGACCCUGUCCUGAAUGAUGGGCAAGGGCGAGAACAAUCCAGAGAUGCCGUACUUGCUGGAGUCAGGAAGAAGUUUGUGGAGAGGGCUGUGAAGGACCAUGAAGAUGAUGAUGAUGGAUCUUCGAGUGACUGA